CUUUGCAGGUACCAAGAAACCUAUCCAUGGUUAACUUCUAUAUAUUAUUGGCAUUUGCUUUGAUCAACAUUGUACUUUUUGCUGCGAUGUGGACGGUUCAUUCUGCCAGAGGGAAGUGCGGCGCCUGCCCAGAGGUCUUCCUUGAAGCUCCAUGUGAAGAUGACUGGAUCUGGUACAGAAAGAAAUGUUAUUAUUUCUCCAAGCAAUAUAAUGAGUGGCAAAACAGCCAGGACUUCUGUGUCUCCCACAAUGCAUCACUCGCCCUUAUCGAUUCCCAGGAAGAGCUGGAGUUUCUUCAACGAUUCAAAGGCUCAUCAGAUCACUGGAUUGGUCUGAAGAGAGAAGAUAAUGGGGGGCUCUGGAUGUGAACAAAUGGAUCCGUAUUUAAUGACACGUUCCACAUCGAUGGGGUGUCCCCAUGCGUGUUCCUCAAUCGGGAGCGGGUCUCCAGCGCAGCCUGUUACUCCGAUCGUUAUUGGAUUUGUAACAAGCCGGACCGGCAAAAUGAAAGAUGACGAUUGGGCUUUGUGCGACUCAGAGAAUGACUGGCUUACGGGCAACUGACUUCCUAAUGUUUGGUCAUCAAGUGAGAAGACUUCCUUCAGGACCACACAUACAACAAUUGAGCAAAUAUUAGAAGAAAUUGAAAUGGCGCCACUCUCAUAAUGGACACGACCAGAGGCGACUCUUUAAUUAGGGAAAUUAGGCGGCGGCCUAAGGCCUUGCACUCAUAGCGGCCUUGCGGUCGCCUAAUUUGCCUCUGCUCAAUCACCGUGUGCUAGAUCCGUGCAACUUUCUGCAGCCAUUUUUAUU